GGUACAGUGGGUGGCGGUAGACGUCUUUAAUACGAGGUUCCGAUCCAUGAAUACUGCCUACAACAAAGUAGUAGAUGUGGUUUGUUCACAAGAACUGUUUGCAAAUUGUAGAUGAAUGUAAGGCUAUUAAGUGUGAUCUAAUAAUAAACAACGGCCGCUGCUUCCGUCGUUCCGGAUUUUUCUGCCAAACCUCUUACAUGCCUGUCAACCCUGGCAUCAGUGCUGGAGACUCACCUCCUCAGGUAAAGGAAAUCUACCCUGAUAAAUGUCACAUCUUGAUACUCCAGUAGACUUCUGAUCCAAUGAACUCAAGGGAGGUCUUUCCAGUGAGAGGACUACACCAACAAUGACAGGUGGACCUCGGAAAACAAGAAAAGGGAAACCUAAGAAGACACAGGCAGAGAAAGUCUCCUCAGACACCGUUUCAUCUCCAGUCACAGAGCAGUCAGAUGCUGUGCCAGGCAGUGAUUUGGCUACGGUCAGCCAUUCUCUGGCAGGCUUCUCACCAAGUUCUCCAAAAAGAAGCAGGAAACAAACACAACAAGUCUGCCUGACCUCCACACCAGUACGCAGCUCCUCCAUUGACAAUCUGUCCAAUAUCUUAGAGUCCCCUCCUGGAGCAAAACAAGCAGAGCUUGAAUACACCGAAGUCGUCACUCAAUUAAAGACGUCAGAGGUAGACUCCCCUUGCUCCAAAUCAAAAUCUCAAAGCAAAUGCAAGAGCGGUCAUGCUUCAAAGCCAAGACAAGUCCGACAGAGGAGGAAGAAGGAGCAAGUGCAGACCUGCAGUAAAACCAGUGGUCCACAGGCCAAGGGCCAGCGUGGCAGGAAGAGGAAGAAAGAGACAGGGGUUUCACAGGAGGAUACCACUUCUCUGUCAUCCAUACGCUCUAGACCAAGAUUUGAACUGGAGAAGCCCGAUGCAGCAGAACAAGACGAGUCUUUGCUGUCUUCAGAUCUAUCGAUAGAGCUGAGUCACCAUGAGGAACAGCUGCCAUCUUUGUCUUUCCAAGAAGAUGAUGAAAGUGAUAUUGAUGAUGAGGAGGAGCUACCAAGUUUCUUGAUGCAGAAGGACAAAAAGCCCCCAUCCAUUACAGAAGGAGUGUUUGUAUGGUGCAAAUUUAGAAAUUAUCCAUUCUGGCCUGCAUUGGUAAAAAGUGUGAACCGUAAGCAGAAAAAAGCCAGCAUCAUAUUCAUUGAUGAUCCAAUGAUCGACACAAAGAAAGGGUUAUCUGUGGCUUUGAAAACCAUGAAGCCGUUUGACUGUGAAGAAGGGAAGGAACUGGUGGAUAAAGCCAAAGAAAAGUAUGACGCUGCAAUUGAGUGGUCCUUGGAACUCAUAUCAGACUACAGAAUUCGGAUUGCAUGUGGCUCAUUUUCUGGCUCCUUCAUUGAGUACUUUGCUCAUGGCAUGAGCUAUCCAGUGAGGAGGAAGUACCCGCAGGCAGCUUCAGAGAGACUAACCAUCACCAGCGACACAAUGAUGGAGGAGCCGAGUGAUGAUCAUAAGGAGGACAGCUUUAAUGAACAGCAUGGGGAGGUUAGCAGGAGUUCAAAGAGGCUGCUGCCAGACCGGACUCAUGCCGCCCACAACCGUGCCAAUGAGAAGCUCGUGCAUUUCAUUGUCAAGCAGCGCAUGGUGGAAGGACGACUUCUGGCUGUGAUCCGUGGGCAGCAGCAGUCCAGAUGGCUUCGCUCCUUUCUGAGUGCCAAUCGGAGACGGGUGGUGAACACAUACCUGGAGGACGACCAGCAGUUGGACCAGGUCUACUUGUACCUAAAUGAGCUCUAUGCAACAGCCAUGUCCACAGCUCCUGGCCUGUCAAAGGUGAAAUCCAUGGAACGUGUCCCCUUUGUCCUGGAUGUGCUUCUUCCUGAGGCCAUCAUCCAUGCCAUAGCUGGGGUGGACAAUGUCUCAGUGAAAAAGGCAGAGGAAAAGUAUCUUAAAGGGAGAUGUAUAAGUAACAGAGAAAGACAGGAGUUCGAUUUGAUGAUUGAGCGGCAGAUAAUGAAAAAAUCACAGCAUCAGAACACUGCUUUUGCAUUAUUCUCUGACCCCAUCAGUUAGAAGACUGAGUAUUGUAAAAAAAGGAAAGUAUUUUUGUAUUGUUGUUGUUUUGUUGUUUGUUUUUGUUUUGUCUAUGUGCCUUGCAAUCCAUGAUAAAUCACAGCACUUGGAUUCACCUCUUUGCAUUUUCUAACACACUGAACAUGCAAGUAAUGGAUUUGAAAGCUGCUCAAAAUGUGAAACAAAAUGGAUAGCUUUAAAAUGUCAACAGAAAUAAUAAUUUUGAAAAAUGGUCUAAUUGCCUAGCUUUAGUUCGUAACUGUGGGCAGUAUAUACACUGCCAGAUUCCUUACAUAUCUCAGUCUUUUACAUUGUUGACCUUUGUCUGUGGAUCCUUUUGUGCUUAUUUUAUGAAAAAUAAAAACAAUCAUAAAUCAUUUAGUCCAAUAGCAAAGGAUUUCACACAUUAAAGAAGGGACCAGUUCCAAAUAAAAAACAGACCUUUCAGUACAAGUCAUCAUCACAGCAUACUACAUUAGCCUAGCAGCACAGCCACUAGGGGGUCUCAGGACAGAAAAUCAGCCACUGGGCUCCCUUUUGACAUUCUGAAAUGCUGUCAACCCAUAAAUUUAUUCAGAAAUCAGUGUAUGUGCAUGAAAAAGUGGCUGCACCUGACAUCUGAAAGUGCCUAGAGUUAUUAAAAAGGAAUAGUUUUUUGCAGCAACAUAAAACUAAAAAUUCUUACGAGUCAUACUUUGAAUCUUUUGAGAUGGUAGGCGCUGUUUAUUAACUAUUAACUCUGCAGAGCUACGCCAGAAGAAACAAACAUGUUGAUUUUUGUUUGACUGUUUAUUUCAUUUUUUGUGACAUUGUGGUUAUUUAACACAGAGUCCUUGCAAUGUGCUGAACUUGUUGCAUAACUUCCUUUUUCUCAUAUUUCUCAUAUAGUGCAACAUGGAAGUGCCACUCUGUUAGAUAUUUUGAACACAUUACUGUUACAAUACUGUUUGUAACUUGUGAAAAACAAGAAUAUUAAAUAUCCAAAAGAAAAUACAUGAAUAUGUGAACUCAGGGGAAUUGGUGCAUAAUGUCUUAAUAAAAACUAAAGUCCUGUCCUACUUCCAGGUAGGCAAGGCUUCCUUUCCACAGUG